GAGUGAUAGAGAAACAAAGAUCCAGCUGAUCUUUGAUUGCUGAUUUUGGCAGCAUUGGUGAGGUGGGUUGAGAUCAGAUAGAGAUAGAGGAAGAGGGUUUUAGUAUUCUAGUGAAAUUGAGGGGUUUGAAGGUCAAUUUGAUCUGGGUUGCUGACACUUAAGUACAAAGAAGAUUGAAGCUCAAGCUAUAGUGGGUCUUUUCUCUGAAGAAAAAGAAGACACGUUUCUGUUUUCUGUGUCUUAAAGGAGGACUGAGAUUGAGAGGUCAAGAAGGCAUUGUAUUGUUGUAGCUGUCAAUGGUGGAACCGUUUGAAAUUUAAGCGAAGUCAAAUCAAUUGAAGUUGGUCUAGCUCUGGUAUCCAAUCUGAUCAAUACCCAGAUUGAAAUCAUGGUGGAAGAAAGUGGCAGCGAGGUUUUGACUGAUACCCGGUCAGCUGAAGAAUGGUUAUCACAAGCAAGGGAGCUUGUUCCAUUGGCUCUGACUAAGGCAAGAGAGGUAAAGGGGUUUCCAGGUAGAUGGAAGAUGAUCAUUUCAAAGUUGGAGCUGAUUCCUUCACGAUUAUCAGACUUGUCUAGCCAUCCCUGCUUCUCCAAGAAUGCUCUUUGUAAGGAGCAAUUGCAGUCAGUAUCUAAGACAUUGAAAGAAGCUAUUGAAUUGGCAGAGUGUUGUGUGGAGGAGAAGUAUGAAGGAAAACUUCGUAUGCAGAGUGAUCUUGAUUCUUUGUCUGGUAAAUUGGACUUGAAUUUGCGAGAUUGUGGCCUUUUGAUCAAGACUGGGGUGCUUGGUGAAGCCACUUUGCCUUUGUCUAUGGCUAGUUCUUCAACUGAAACUGAAGCUGCUCUACAUGGUAAUAUAAGGGAAUUGCUUGCUCGGCUUCAGAUCGGGCACUUGGAAGCAAAGCACAAAGCUCUUGACAGUCUUGUUGAGCUCAUGAAAGAGGACGAAAAGAAUGUGUUGUCGGUUUUGGGGCGUAGCAAUAUUGCUGCCCUGGUCCAACUGCUCACCGCAACAUCUCCUCGUAUCCGGGAGAAGACUGUAACUGUUAUUUGCUCGCUUGCAGAAUCGGGGAGUUGUGAGAAUUGGCUUGUUUCUGAAGGUGUCUUGCCACCUCUUAUAAGGCUAGUUGAAUCUGGGAGUGCUGUUGGAAAAGAAAAGGCCACAAUUUCGCUUCAGAGAUUGUCAAUGUCAGCUGAAGCAGCUAGAGCGAUUGUCGGACAUGGUGGGGUUAGACCGCUGAUUGAGAUUUGUCAGACUGGUGAUUCAGUUUCUCAGGCUGCUUCUGCUAGCACUUUGAAGAACAUAUCAGCUGUCCCUGAGGUUCGACAAACUCUAGCUGAGGAAGGAAUUGUAAAGGUUAUGAUCAAUCUUCUUGAUUGUGGGAUGUUAUUGGGGUCCAAAGAAUACGCAGCCGAGUGUUUGCAGAAUCUCACUGCAAGCAAUGACAAUCUAAGACGGUCUGUAAUAUCAGAAGGUGGAAUUCGGAGUUUACUGGCUUAUCUAGCCGGUCCAUUGCCACAAGAGUCUGCAGUUGCGGCAUUGAGGAACCUGGUCGGUUCAGUAUCUAUGGAAGUUUUGGUUUCCCUUGGUCUCCUCCCUUGCUUGGUUCACGUGCUUAAAUCCGGUUCACUAGGUGCACAACAAGCGGCUGCAUCAGCUAUAUGCCGAGUUUGCAGCUCAACUGAGAUGAAGAAAUUGAUCGGUGAGGCAGGCUACAUUCCUCUUCUUAUCAAGAUGCUCGAGGCUAAAUCAAACAGUGCCAGAGAGGUUGCUGCACAAGCGAUUUCAAGUUUGAUGAGCCUUCCACACAAUUGUAGAGAAGUGAAACGGAACAACAAAAGUGUACCAAAUUUGGUCCAAUUGCUUGACCCUAGUCCACAAAAUACUGCCAAAAAGUAUGCAGUCUGUGCCCUUGGCUUAAUUUGUUCGAGUAAGAAGUGUAAGAAGCUGAUGAUAUCCUAUGGAGCAAUCGGGUACCUCAAGAAGCUUACUGAGAUGGACAUACCAGGAGCCAAGAAGCUACUUGAGAAGUUGGAGAGAGGAAAAUUGAGAAGUUUCUUCACAAGAAAAUAGGUGGAACAGAAACUAUGUGUACUGUUGUAAGCAUAUCUUGUGUAUUUACUAUGUAGUUGUUUCAUUGUCCAUAUGAAGCAAAGUAGGUUAUCAACUGGCAUGCGCAAGCCUGGGAAUCUAUGUUGUCUAUGUUCUAUUCGAAUGUUAUU